AUGGUCGAACUGCGUAAGCGCAAGGCAGCGCCACAUCCAGCACCCGUGAAUAAGCGGACAAGAACCAAAGCGCCCAACUCAUCGUCCAAAGCAACAGAAAUCACAAACACUACUCCCGUGGAAACUAUACCAAAAGUCGGUGAUAUUGUGAAUCUAGAUGGGUUUGGUGGCGAUUUGGAGACAAACGAUGGCACAACGACUACACUCAAGGCUCUCCUCGACGUCAGUGAUUCUGGCGUUGUGCUAUUUACAUACCCCAAGGCCUCGACACCUGGCUGUACAAAGCAAGCCUGUCUAUUCCGAGAUGGAUACGACAAAUUGACUUCUACCGGGCUGUCCAUCUACGGUUUGUCGGCAGAUUCCCCAAAGGCCAACACCACCUUCAAAACGAAGCAAAGUUUGCCGUAUCCACUACUUUGCGACACUGCAUCUACCUUGAUCGGUGCGAUCGGGUUCAAGAAACUACCCCGUGGGACAAUCAGGGGUGUAUUUGUUAUAGACAAGACUGGUAAAGUUCUUGUGUUGCAACCGGGUGGUCCAGCUGCAACUGUGGAGGCCGUCCGGCAACUCGUUAUAUCAACGUCCAAAGAUGACAAUACCCAGAAAUGA